UCAAUUUCUUGGUAAUAAAAGAAGAUAUUACAACUCUUGCUUAGCUAGAGCGCGGCAAUUUCUUAGAGAGAGAGUGUGUGUGUGAGAGAGAGAGGGGGGGAUCAGAGGGGUAAGAGGAAAGGAGAAAGAAGAGUACUAGAGAGUCGGUCUAGGAAGGGAAAAAUGAGGAGUGGACCGAAAGUUUUGGCGAUAAAUUUGAUGGAAUAAAUGUGAGAAAUAGCAUUUUUAUAGGAAGCUUUAGAUUUGCAAUUUAAACUUUUAAAUUUUCUUGAAAUGUUGGUUCCCUUUUUAAUGAUCUGAUCUGUCUCUCAGACAACUUUAAACAACUGGUUAUGAGAAAAAUCCGAACUUUUCAGAUACUCUUCCUUUUUCUCCUUUAAACCUGCUCUUUAUAGCUUUCAACACUAAAUCUUUGUACAUUUUUAUGUAAAUGAAUUCCAUAUAUAUUGAAAAAGAUGCAAUCUUUGCUGAAUUAUGGGUGUUAUUUAAGUUGCAGAUCUUGACUUGAUGACAUACAAGAUUUCAUGUAACGUACAAAUGGGGAAUUGGGUUUUUUUUUCCUUUAAAUUUGGCUUCUUUCUGAUUUUCUUGAAUUUUUUCCAUCUGGGGUUCUUUCAAAACCCUUAGAUUAUCUGUAUCUUAAAGAGUAACAUGGGUUACAUAGUCUAUAAAUAUUUGCCCUUUAGGUUUUACUUGAGUAUUAUAUAAUAUAUAGUUUUCUUGAUAUAUGAUGCAUAGGACUAUAAUGGCUAUAGAGGAACAUACUCAUAGGUAUAGUAAUAGCAGUGGGGGUGGGGGUGGACUUGGUGUUGCUCNUGGGGGUGGUUCUGGUGGUGGGGGUGGUGGUGUUAGUAGUAGAGCCUCAAAAAAGUUGAAGCAAAAAAAAGUCCCACAAAGAGGACUUGGUGUUGCUCAACUUGAGAGGAUGUUAGAAGAACAACAUAAAAAAGAUUCAAUUUUGACACCAAAUUUAGUGCAUUCAACCAAUACUAUGUCCAAAAACUUAGCAGUUGAAUGUCCUACUUUUAGGCCUACAAUCAACCCUUCUUCAAUCCCUUUACCACCACCAUUAAAAAUGGAUCUACGAACUUCGAAAAGUUGUGUCUUUAGACCAAAUCCAUCUGGUCCUGUUAUUGAUGGUUUUCGUCCUAAGACUUUACAAUCAUCAAAACCAUUGAACAGGAGUGGAUGUGAGUUAAGUUGGUCCUCUGUUUUGAGUCCAGGGAGUGAUAAUUCCCCUAAAUUAUGGAGUUGUGAGUACAGUCCUGAAAGAGAAAGCCAACAGGGAAAUCACAAUGGUGUUAUUUUCGGGCCAAAUGUAAAUUUGCCUAAUGAACUGCAUAACCCCAUUUUGCCUCUACCAAGUGUGCUGCAAAGGUCACAACAAUAUCAGCAACCUUCUUGUUCUUCAUCAAUGGUGAAUAUCUCAUCAGGGAUUUCAUCAUCAUCGUCAUCUGUGUUAAAUUAUCAGAUGGAGCCCCCUUCAAACCAAAAUUAUUAUUGCUGUAAUUAUUUACCUCUGUGGCCUGAAGAAGUGAAGAUGGUUGGCAUGAAAAGGCCAUAUCCCUUCUCUCCAGAGUAUCCACCAGUCCCUUCAUUUCAUUGCAAGUUUCCGCCGGGCUAUGUUAGCCUUGCAUCCAGAUCGCCUGAAUCAGCUUCCUGCAGCAAUGAAUGCACAGCCAGUUUAGAAUCAGGCAAUCGACUUAAAAGAGAAGUUCCUUCAGGAUCACGAUCUAUAUCCGAGUCCAAACCAAGGAAUGUCUUCGGACAAAAUAGAGCUCUUAAUGGAGAUUUUCUCACGUUGGCUCCUCCUUCAACUGCUUCACCAUAUCAGAGUCAAGAGACACUUACAUUGGAAUCCACAAACUGUCAGGGAGUGGCUGAAGAGCCCACGACAUGUUCAGGUUUAAACAGAUCAGUUCAACAACCCAUAUUCGGAUUCUUCCCAUCUGCAAAGGUACAACUCGGCCAAGAAGGAACGAACAAAAGCAACUGCCACGCUGAAGUAGCAGAAACUGUUGAUCUCAAUCUGAAGCUAUAGAAAUUUGGUAAAUUUAUCCGUGGUUCUUUUGCCUGGAGAAUGGUUUUUUAACAUCUGUUUGAGAAAUGGCUCCUUCAAGUCUUAAGGUGCUUGCAGCACUUCUAUUCCUCUGUGCGGUAGAAUAACAUUCUUUCUGAUGAAUGUCUUCACCGUUUGUUGGGUUAAUUUGUAGUUAAACUGCAUAUACAAGCUUGAGCAUGAAAAAAAUAUGCCAUGAUCUUGGCCGCAUACGCAUGAUAAUAUGAAAAGUCAUAUAGGAGAGGUGUGGAUUAGCCUCUCGGUCUAUGACACGAUGAGAAGUGAGAUUUUGAAGAGAUUUUUCAAGUGGGACGCGUGGACUUAGUCUUUCUGGUACAAUUGAUUUGUAUGUCUCAACUUUGGUAAACUGUUAGUAUGUUAUGCAUGACGCGUUGAUUCAUUUGGCUAUUAAGUUUUA